ACGAUCGUAAUCCGUACCAAGUCGGCCGGUGGUGACGCGCACGACAUGUCGAAUGGUGGUGACGGUGCAGCUGGUGCAGUUUGCGCGUACCGGACCGUGUCGUCGUCGCCGGCAACUGCUACGGCGGUGCUGGCCGUGUGGACGACGGCGUUCGUGCUGGCCGCGGUCGUAGGCGGCGGCGCCCAAGCGUUCACGACCAGCAGCCUGUCGACGGCCGGCGGUGGCCUGGCCGCGGCGGCCGCGGCUGCGAGUCGGAUGGCGCCGUGCGCGCAUCUGGGCGACGAAACCAACGACGUGUCAGCCCGGGCGUACGCUUCCGACGUGGUGUUCGAGGGCAAGGUGCGGUCGAAAGGGCCCGUGCGGCCGGGCAGCGGCACGUACGGCGUCACGUUCGUCGUGCAGCACGUGCACAAGGACGCCAUGCAAGCGGUCACGUACGAGGGACUGCGGGCCGGCAGCCCGGUGCGGUUGUACUUUCGCGAGAAACGCAGCGAUCGCGACCCGCAGCGCAGGCCACCGCGCAGGACGGACGCGCAGUGCGUGCAGCGGUUCGCGCCGGCCGCCGGUGGCCAGACCGUCGAGGCGAACAUCAAACGCGGCGCCAAGUACCUAGUGUUCGUGGCCGGCGUGGGGCCGCACAACCUGUCCGUGCUGGGCGAGCCCGUGCUCCGGACCCCCAAGAACGUGGAAGCCGUGCGCAAGGUGCUGUGCAGGAACUGCAGUGAGUACCCCAUUAAGCAUUCUAUCCGUUUUAACCGGUCUCCCGGGCGACCAUGGUAACACAU